AUGGACUACCCCAGCAACCUGUCUCGAAUGCACCGCCUACGCGAACGAGCAGAGAAAGAAGAGAAGCGCAUCAAGCAACUUGUGGGAAUUGCAAACAGCGUGGGACGAGUCAGGCCAAACAGAAGCUACGUUCCAGGACUAUCUACACCACCAAGUCCAGGAGGAAGAGCUUUUGCAGGAUUCCACCAACAAGAAUUCCAAGGAUUCCAAGACAAUUGCUCCUUCCAAACUCAAACGAUUGAGACUGCUGGAACCUUCCACACCGCACUGACGGACAAGGAAGACAAUUGUUGGUCCCGACACCCGACAGCAGACUAUACUGCCCACAAGCUGCCCUAA